AUGAGGAGGCUUGGGGUUUCGCCCGAGCGACGCAUCAAGGUGACAGCCGAGGAUGAUGCUCGCGUGCUACAUCGUGUCGACUCUGUCGUUCUGCCCUUGAUGCUGGCUGUCUACUUUUUGCAAGGUCUCGACAAGGCCACAAUCGCCUACGCGUCCAUCUUCGGCCUCAUCGAAGACACCGGCCUCAAAGGCGACCAAUUCUCCUGGCUAGGCUCCAUAGUCUACGUCGCUCAGCUCAUAGCGCAAUUCCCUCUUGCGUGGCUACUUGUGAAGCUGCCAAUCGGAAAAUUCACUAGUUGUAUGGUUACGCUCUGGGGCCUGACCCUUGCGCUCAUGGCUGGGGCACAUUCUUUUGAAAGCCUACUUGUGGCUCGGUUCUGGCUGGGUGCUUUCGAGGCAAGUAUCGCUCCUAGCUUCAUCGCCAUUACGCAAAUGUUCUGGCGUCGCAGGGAGCAGCCUCUGCGUAUGUCUUAUUGGUACGCCAUGAACGGCUUUACCAACGUGUUCGGCAGCCUGAUCACAUGGGGACUUGCGCAGUUGCCAUUCGGACUUAAACCAUACCAAACAAUAUUCAUCUUCUUUGGAAUCAUCACCGUCUGCUUCUCAUCCAUCCUAUUCUCGUACAUGCCCGAUUCUCCUGCCGAGGCCAAAUUUCUCGGCAAGCAUGACAAACUCAUCGCCAUUGAGCGAUUGAGGAUGAACCAGACCGGCGUCAUGUCGCGUGAAUGGCGAUGGGAUCACCUCUGGGAGAUGAUCCGAGACGUCAAGACUUGGCUUUGGUUCGCACUCAUCUUUAGCAUUUCUGUCCCUUCCGGCGGUGUCGCAUCUUUCGGUCCUCUGCUUGUCAAGUCAUUCGGUUUCGACUCAUUUCACGCCAUUCUGUUCAAUGCCCCAUUCGGCAUCGUGCAGCUAAUAUCCACCGUUGGCGGGUCGUACAUGGCUACAAAAUACCACAAGAAAGGUCCUGUCAUCGCUUUUUUGACCAUAUUCCCCAUUGCUGGGUGCAUGAUCAUGCUGGCAACGCCUCACACGCCUGACACUAAGGCAACAUUGCUGUGCGGCUACUACAUGAUCUCAGUGUUCCCGGGCAUAGUUCCCUUGAUAUACUCGUGGUCGGCCUCCAAUACAGCUGGCGAUACCAAGAGCAAAUGCAACUCGUCUGUCCUUUUCGUCGGCCAAUCUCUUGGAAACAUCAUUGGCCCUCUGUUAUACAAACCAUCAGAGGCGCCUGAGUAUUAUACUGGUUUAUACUGGAACCUGUUACUAUACUGCGCCAUCAUAGUCCUCGUCGGCGUCACGACCAUGUAUCUCGCCUAUCUCAACCGCGAUCAUAGUCGCCGCCGGGUUCUGGCUGGAAAGGAUGCUCUUAUAGUUGAUUACAGCUUGUACUCGCCAGAAGAAGCAGAUCGGCUGCGCAGGGUUAAGGCGAUUGGGGCGGAGCAUGUGGAAAAUGCCAGGGAUGGGACGGGAUCUGGUGUUGGUGCACGCGCGUUUGAUGACUUGACCGAUUUGAUGAACGAUGAGUUUAUCUUUGUAUUUUGA